GCUUCGGCUGGGUGAAGGAGGGAAUUGCCGUCAUCCCUCGGGUGACCUCCAACAGCAGAUGUGGCAGGGGAGGGACUGGCCUGGUGUCGUGGCAUGCGGAUCACGUCCGGGAAUUCCAGGUUUACUGCUUCAAUUCCUCAGAUGUUCAGAUUAAUUCCUGUAAGCCAGACCCCAGCACAACCACACAGCCCUCACUGAGUGCAUCCACAGACUCCACACCCUACUCAGCCUGGGAUCUGCCAGAGAACGCCACGGCGGUGCCCACGGGGGCUGAGCCCCAGCACACCGCGAGGCCCAGGCGGUUCCGCGUGGUGUGCGUGAGCGAGACGCUGCCG